AUGACGCAGAACCUCCAACACCAAGACCAGGCAUUGCCAUUUGGCAUCCACCGCACUCGAAGCCGCAUGGCCGAGCUUCUGGCGGCCGAUGUGCUCGUUGCUGCAGGCUCAGCAACGCUGAUUACCCCGGCGGUGAUGAUCUUUGACAGACUCGUCGUCGAGAAAUCAUUCCACAACCAGCCACUCUUUCCAGCAUUCCGUCGACACCUCUGGUUCUCUAUUACACAGCCCGCAACCUUCUUAACAUCUCGCCCCAGUCUCCUCGUCUGGUCUCUCUAUACAGCAACGUUCGCAACAGCCAAUGCCUCCGAGACUAUCUUGGGCAAGUGGUACCCGCAUAUCGACCACGCCAUUGCAGGCAUGACAACCUUUGCCUCAACCUUCAUAGUCAACUCGUCCGUGGGCAUUUGGAAGGACGUGAAAUUCGCCCAAUUAUUCGGCCAACCCAAGACCGCACCUACACCUACACCUACAUCAACACCAACACCAACAGCCUCAUCCACAACUCAGAAAACCUCCGCCAAACCAAACCCAAUCCCCCCAACCGUCCGCUCAAUCGGCCGCACCCGCAUCCCACUAGCAACAUACUCAGCCUUCCUCCUCCGAGAUGGGCUCACAAUCUUCGGCUCCUUCAGCCUACCAGCCAUGGUCUCAGCCUCCAUCCCCGACUCAGUCGCCUCCCAAGAAUACCUCAAGAUCCUGAUUGCGCAACUCGCAAUCCCAGCCUCAAUCCAGCUCAUCAGCACACCAAUCCACCUCCUUGGCCUAGACCUGUAUAACCGCCCACAGGUGAUGCCCACAAAAGAACGCGUGAGCCGAGUCAGUCGAGACUGGAUUGGUGCGUCAUUGCUGCGCAUGUGUCGCAUUAUCCCCGCGUUUGGUAUUGGCGGCUUUGUCAAUACCGAGGGACGGCUUUAUUUGCAUGAGAAGGCUGAAGCGGAUUGA